CCAUAACUCCACCGCAAUCCCAUUUUGUACGGACCUAGUCUUUCUCCGGUUUCGGUGGGUCGGAUUCUCCUUCUCCUAUCUUAUUCAUUCUACUUCCAUUCUCAAGUUUUUCAACACUACAUUCCAUUUCAUCCCGAGUAAGAGUAAGCUCUCACGUCUGCUCAACAAUGACUGCAACAAUGGCGUCUUCUUCGUUCCUCACCACACGAAUACGCUCUUCUUCUCCUUCACUUCACUCCAAGUCAAAUAGGAAUAUCUCGCCCUGUGCAUUCUCCUCUUCUUCUCGCGCAUCUCUUUCCACUAAUUUUCUAUCUCCAUUCAUUGGUGGAAGCGUUAAUAGCGACUUCUCCGGACAUAAAAUCCGACCUCUUUCUAUUUCCUCGUCUACUUCUCGUCCUAUACGCGGCGUUGUCACUAUGGUCAUACCUUUUUCUAGAGGAAGUGCUUGGGAGCAACCACCACCAGAUUUGGCUUCUUACUUGUACAAGAAUCGUAUAGUUUAUUUGGGCAUGUCUCUUGUACCUUCUGUUACUGAGCUUAUACUUGCAGAAUUUCUUUAUCUUCAAUAUGAGGAUGAGGAGAAACCAAUUUAUCUUUACGUAAACUCUACUGGCACAACAAAGGGUGGUGAGAAGUUGGGUUAUGAAACAGAGGCGUUUGCAAUAUAUGAUGUUAUGAGGUAUGUCAAGCCUCCUAUUUUUACUCUCUGCGUUGGUAAUGCCUGGGGAGAGGCAGCCUUGCUUUUGGCUGCUGGUGCAAAGGGAAAUCGUGCAGCUCUGCCAUCUUCUACUAUUAUGAUGAAACAGCCAAUUGCUAGGUUUCAAGGCCAAGCAACUGAUGUUGAGCUUGCUAGGAAGGAAGUCACGAAUGUAAAGGCAGAAUUGGUCAAACUGUUUUCAAGACACAUUGGUAAGCCUCCCGAAGUGAUUGAAGCUGACAUCCGACGCCCAAAAUAUUUCAGCCCUAGUGAAGCUGUUGAAUAUGGGAUCAUUGAUAAGGUUCUCUACAACGAAAAGAGCCCAGAGGACAAGGGAGUUGUAGCAGACUUGAAGAAAGCGCAGUUUAUUUAAAUUUGUGGAAAACCUAUAAUAGGUGGACAUGACGAAUUCAGGCACCCCCGUAGGAGCUUGUUUCUACUAUCAAGUUUCAGCUAUUCGUGGGAAGACAUGAAUCCUUUUAUGUAGUCUCUGAUCAUAAUGAAGCGGACCGGAGCAUCUAUACAGGAUUUCAAUGACUUGAUAACAAAAGCGGUAUGUUCAAACAGUGACUGGGUAUAAUCGUGUAAUAUGUACUUCUGAAAAGGAAGUUGCUGCCUAGAUCAUGUAUAUUUUCUGUUGCAGGUUAAAUCUAAUAGGUGAAUGAAGAUAAUCCCUUUACUAAAUUGGAUAUUGUGAUAAAUUUUGAUUCAUUGAUCUUCUUCUUGCACAUGACCAUUGGAUAUGAUACUAUUGCUUUUGUACAUGUAUACAACAUCCAUGCGAUUUUUUAGUCGCAUCUAAAUGUGACAAUCAAAUCUCAAUGAACGGAGCUUCACAUAAAA